UUAAAUUCACUCUUCUCUCUCUGUCUCUCCCUCUCUCCAUAGCAAAUCUAGUUUCCCACUGUCGCGUCCCUAGUAGCCAGAAGCUCUCUCUCUGUCUCUCUCUCUGUCUCUGUCUCUCUCUCUCUCUCACACACACACACAAAUGGCACCAAAUAAUGAUGGAUCAGCUAAGAAAGUAAUGAACAAAGGAGCGUGGACAGAAGAGGAAGAUAAAAAACUGUCUCAGUACAUUGAAAUCCAUGGUGCAAAGAGGUGGACGACCGUUGCUAUCAAAGCAGGUUUAAAUCGAUGUGGGAAGAGUUGCAGAUUGAGAUGGCUGAAUUAUCUGAGACCCAACAUCAAAAGAGGCAACAUAUCAGAUGCAGAAGAGGACUUGAUACUUAGGCUUCAUAAGCUACUAGGGAACAGGUGGUCUUUGAUAGCUGGGAGACUUCCGGGUAGAACAGACAAUGAGAUAAAGAAUUACUGGAAUUCUCAUUUGAGCAAAAAAAUAAAUCACAAGGAGAAAGCAGUAGAAGUUACAACAACAAAAGAGACCAUGCCGCAGAAGCUCCGCGACAUCGUUCAAGGGGACAUAGAGGAUGUCAAAUUAGAAAUUGGGAACUCAGUGGGCAACUUCGAUGCCAACGAGUUCUUUGAUUUCACUGCUGCUGAUGCUUCCCAUGGUUUAGAAUGGGUGAAUAAAUUCCUAGGGUCCUAUAGUUUAGAGUCGGUGGAUAAUUUUCUUGAACUUGAGGAGGACCCUUGGAUCACCGAAAAUAGGUGAGCAGUAUCCAUUAAACCUGUGUUUUCUCCUUGAUUAAAUAAAAAUCAAAUGUUUGUUUUAUGGGUUAUAUAUGAUCGGUGUCCAUGUAAAGCAAGCAAGCUACUGCCAUCAUGUGGUUGAUAUAGCAGCCGGAGGGAGGUA